UGGCAGGUGAUUAGGUGAGGCAUCUGACCAUCCAAUCUUUGCUCACGAAUGCAGUAAUCAAUUGUGUGAAUGCGAUCGAAAAUUUGUGGAGUGUUGAGCAAAGUAUCCGGAGCCAACAGGAGAGCUAAAGUGCCCACACCCCAGGCUCUCCCGUUUUUUGCUGAAAUUGCAGAAGUUGAGCUAA